GAUACAGUAGUCAGCGAUGUGAUGAAAAAGGAUCGUUAUGUAGUUACAUCGUUUGAUGUUUCAGACAUAACAAAUUGGUGUAAAACAUUAUAUAUAUUUUUGGUUUUGGACUGAGGUUGAUUAAAUAUGGAAAUUGUUUUGAUGUGCUCUAUCACGGGGUCAAUGUUGGUUGGUCAGUGUCGCCCGGGGUUGAGGGGCGCAGCUUUAAUAGACGCUGAUUGACGCGCUACUGUAUAAACAGAUAGAUACCUAGCUAUUGUGCAUGGAUGAAUGGUGAUACAAUAAACAGGAGUUGUUUUAGGUUUAAGACAUUUUGUUAUUGUGCGUCGGGGAUUUUAAGCCUGAAAAAGCUUAAAUUCAAUAGGAAUAUUUGUUUUGUAAACACAGAUUUGAAAUUGAGAAUCAGUGCGUAGUUUUACCCAUUGCUGUGGGAUCUUCAAUUGAAGUAAUAAGUGGACUUUUAGUGGAUCAUAUAAAUGAACACAAUGCUUAAGAAAAGCCUAAAAUAACAAGAGCUAAAGUGUCGUGUGCUUUGUUGUAUUUGACAGGUGAACAUGUAAGUUUGAUGCGGGUUUGCUCCAUUAAAGUGACAUAUUUUUAAAGGCUUUACCAGAUGUGGUUAAUAAGUAAAUACUGCAAUGCAUAUUCAAAAGGAUAUUUUACAAAAGGAUGUGAUCGUCAAAAUUAUUUUUGAAAUGAAUAGGAAUUGAUUUGUAUCAUAAUCAUUACAUGCAAAUAUCAUUAAGGAAAUUAAGAUGUGAUUUCUCAAUGGAAGCAAGUCAAGCCUUAUCGUUCAGUGCUUAUUUCAGUUUAGGGUGAAUUAAAGGGACUCGCUCAUGAAUUGUAUUGAUAAUUGCACAUUUAUUCAAAGCAAUCGGAAUCUAAAUUGCUCUGCAAAUGACACUAUAAAUUAUUGACUGUCACAGUAAUUAGUACGCUACAGUAUUGGAUAGGACGUAAUUAUGAAAUAGCCUUCGGCCAUAUUUGUGGACAUUCGCUCGUUUACAUGCAUCGGUUCUUUUGAAGUUUAUUCAUAUAUUAUUAUACAAACAGAUGGACAGCGUGAGAUGUAUGGUUGGAAUUUAUAAAAAUCGUAUUAUAUGAGGCAAAAGAAUGGAAGUUAUCGUGUUGUAAGGGAUAGGAUGGAUUUAAGCAUGGAUAAUGUAUGGGAGCACCGACCAAUCGCUGACGAGAAUGGCACCCUGAUAGCCAAUCACAAUGAAGAAGGGUCACAUGGAAAAGCACACAGCGACAGCUGCUUGGACCGGACGCUCCACUGCCUGAGUCACGUGCCAUGCGCGUCACUGCUCGCAUGGAUCCUGCUACUCAUUGGGCUGGGCGGCUUCACCGGAAGUCUCCUCGCGGGCGCCGACCGCACACGUGACCUUCUGGAGGAGGACCGACUGCUAUGGUUCAUCGAGUACACCAUAAUCGGUGUCGUCUGCGGCAUGUUCGUGAUCGGCACGUGCCUUCUGAUUGUGGCCCAUUUCUCCAGUGAGCCUAGCAGCCGACAUGCCUUCAACACCUCCAGCAAAAACACGUGCGGACGAGUUCUCAAUAUAGUCAUGGUAAUACUCAGCUACAUUCUAUGUGUGGCGUGGCUGGUGACCAGUGCAAUACUCUCCAUUCCGGUGACGGCCCUCGGGCUCCUCUGGUACCUCGUUGACUUCAAGCACGUCGACUGCAUCAACCUUGCAAACUAUGGUUUUGACGCCCGCGAGCUUUGCAACAAGGACAAUGACAGGGGACUUGAAAGGUUCACAAACCAUGGAAAGGACCUCCUGUGCUACUACGGCGCGGCACUCAUUUCAUCAUUCGUCAUCAUCAUCAGCCUUAUCCACUUUCUAAUGUGUAUGAGUGCGAACAUUACUCACCUUCGUGACGCCAGGUUUGCGACGUUAAACGCUUACGAGGAAGCAGAGGAGGCUCCAGCUAAGCCAUUGAACGACACGACCAUGUGAGCGACCACGUGACCUGUCACAUGACUUCUUCCCACCAAUCGAUUGAAAUCGAGAAGUCACGUGGUCUCUCCAUAUUUAUUCUUGAAAAAGGAUCUCAGAUAUGCACAUGUAAACAGUAACCAGUCCACUGUGUCUGUGUCUUGGACAUGUAGUUGUGCAAUAUAUGAAAUUUGAAUGAGAUUAAAACUGAAAACGAAUAUAUGUAACGAAAUAAAAUACAGCAAGUGUUGAAAACAAACUGACAAGCAGGGCAUCUAAAAACUUGAAAAGGAAACUUUGUGAAUAAGUCCAAGACAUACAAGUAUGUGAAAAAACAGCAACUUCAACAAGACUAUGAAGUACUAUGAUUGUGAAUAUCUGAUAAAAUCUAUGUAGGAAUACGAAUGUAUUUUCCUUGAAGUGUGCUUAUACUAUUUACUUUUCUUAUGCUUUGACGAACAGAUGUUAGUUUUGGUGUGAAUCGUUUGACAAUUACUGUCUGAUGAUGAUUCGUGAGUAAAGGUGUUGAAUUGUUUGUUAAAUAUCCGAGUGAAACUUUGACGAACUUGAAUUUGAAUCUUGUGAUUCAUUAAGAUGGAUGUAUAGCGUUGAUAAAUUGUUGAAUAUGUAAUUCAGGAGCAGCUGCUUGCCAUAAAAUGCUUACAAGAAUUUAGGCGAAAACUAAACGUAAAGGGUUCAUCAUAUGACAAGCAUUCAGAUACAUGUAUGUUCAUAUUUGUAUUCCAGAAAGAAUGAAUACCUUGCAGAUAUUUGUUUCUGUUUUAUUUAUUUUUUAAAAGCUUUUAACCAAGGCAUUGUGUCGAUAUUAUCUUUUUGUAAAAAUGUGUUUUUUUUACCGAAAGUUGAAUAAAUUGAUUGAUUAUGUUCUUUGCAACAUUUAUUUUAAUGUUAAAACCAGAAAUUAAAAAAAGGACACUUAUUAAAAAGGGCAAGAUAAAUCACGCUUUUAUACGCUUGUAUUUAUUUUGUAAAACUUACAAAACCGUACGUUAUAUGUGUUUGUAGCACAUUUUACAUUUUAUAUUGCUAAAUUCCGCGCAGUGUUACUUCCCAUAAAUGUAAUGCAAAAGGGGGAUCACUGAGAAGGAAAUCAGUUACAGUACGAACUCCGUGCUGUGUUACUUCCCCUGUCUGUGUUGCACUAUCUGUGGUCACAGGGUAGGAAAUUAGUUACAGUACGAACUCAGUGCAGUGUUAUACCACCUUUCUGUUUUGCAGUAGGGGAGGUUACUGAGUAGGAACUUGGUUACUGUGCAAACUCCGCGCAGCGAUACUUCCACUCUAUAUGUUUCAAUAAGGGAGGUCACUGCGUAGGAAAUUCGUUAAAGUGUUCGUGUGUCUGUCUAGUUUUGCCUGCUUUUGGUUUUUUAUUUGCAAACCAGCUCAUACAUACAAGUGGAAACAAUGACGUUAGAUAGGAUUUCUUUUUAUUGGUAUCAUAUAAUUAUUAUUAUGAAAUUGUACAAUUUUCAUAUUUAUCUGAGUAUUUUUACCAUGAGCUUACAUAUACUAGUUAUAAAGGAUUGAACUAAAUACGACCUUAUAAAACUUAGUCGUUGAGAUAGCAAUUGAGUAUAACGUAUCUUUAAGUUGAAGUUAGCAGUUCUUGGGUGGUAUUCACUAUACAUCUUUAGUGAUUUCUUAACUAAAGUCAUUUUUUUUAAAUGUUAAUAGACAUAUUAAGAUAAAAGUUUUAGUAUUUUUUUAAUAUAAAAGUAUGCAUUUUGAAUCAAUUCAGUGCAAUUAAAGUACUAAAUGUAUUAUUAAGUUGUAAUAUCAUAUCCACAGUGAGAUAGAUAAAGUGACACUCUUAUUCAAAAUCAAGACACACACUUGUAUAACAAACAUAUAUUUUAAGUGGUUAACCUUCAACUUCUCACUGAAUAAUGCAUUAAUGGAAAAUAUUCAUUACUGAAAACAAGAUUGUAACAAUGUUUUUCAUAGCUGAAAACGCAAAAAUAAUAAGUAAUUGGUGAGUGCUAAAAUAUUUACUGUAAUCUACUACCGUCUCAUAAGAUAGUAAUACCGUGCUUUCUGCACCUAACUUUCAACUUAAACUCGUUUUCCUCCAUAACAUUUUUUUUACAUUUAUUCAUCAUUUUAGGUAUAUUAAAACAAUUAUAUUAAUUGUGGAAUAUCUUAUUUGGGAAUAAGAGUGCAUUGUUAAUAACAUGACUUAAGUUAGGAAAUAACUUAAGAUAUUUUAUGAAUACCAGCCCUUGUUGAAUAAAAUUGAAUAUCAAUUUGUACCCGUAUUGGCUAUUGUCAUGUACUGGGUAUUCUGUACAGCUAUAUUAGCAUGGUAAGUGCGAUGCAAUAUUCUAGAAUUAAUGCUUAUUUAGUGUUUUAACAAUGUUUAUCAUAUUGUAUAUUUUUACAUUUCGUUUGUUAAAUUAUGCUUUAGAAUAAUGCAUAUAUUCAUUGUAAUAAAUUUCUUUGUCAUGUC